AUGCAUUCGUCCGUCUUUUUGUCUCUGAUCGCCGGUGCUACCAGUGCCAUGGCUAUAAUCGUCGGCGUCGGUCCCGCUCCCCUUCAUAUUGUCGGAAAGAACGAUUCUUCGAUCGAUGGCUACGCCCGACCAUGCCAUAUCGAUGCUGACGAUGUUGCCUUGUGCUACGCCGAGAAAGCCGAUGACAAGAGUCUCAACCAAUUCUACUUCAACUACUCUAUCGACGCCACAAAUGGUGUUAGAAUUGGUGCCGUUACCCUCAAUUUGAACGUCACCACGGCCAACGACACAAAAUCAUAUCCUUCAUUUCUUAUUUUUCGGUCUGGUCCGGGGACCAACAUGCAGCUGGUUCACAUCCCAGCUGGCGGCAGUUUAUUUGAAAUCAUGUCGGCAAAGGACAACGGUGUCAUAUACAUCUCUGGGCAGCGGGACGAUAGAAACUGGAACGAGACGCAGCCUUAUAAGUUCGUUGGGGACUUCGACGUGGACAGAUUCUUCCUCUGUUGGCAAUGGAUCGGCUACUACUGGCGUCAGUCGAUUGCAUGGGCCUCGUCACUGCCGCCACAGAAUCCAUCCUGUAAACCCGUUGAUCUGCGUAUCGGGGUUUGAUACAAACACCAAUCCCUAACACUUCCACCAACCUUCAGAAUCCUUGAGAGCACAUAAAGUAACCGCACGAGCACAUGCAGAGUAUAUGGUAGCAGCAGAUUGGCAGCUGGACCGGCCCGAACGGCAACUCAACAUGAAGUUUGCAGGAGAGAUUGACAAGCCCUGUAGCUCUAUGGAAAUAUUAUUAUUGAGUAGCCAGGUACCAUUAUGAAUAAACCCAUUCCAACC